UAAGAAAGAAAAGUAAGAUCUGCUAUGCAGCAUUUGUCCGGUGUAUGACAAAAAUUAACGAAUAUUCCGAAAAGUUGGAAAAAUCAGAAAAGGAAAGUGAAGAGAUGUCACUCGCGUCGCAUAGUUUGCAUCUUACACCUUGCGAUAUUGACGUUUUUAAAGGUGACUAUCUGUCGUGGCCAACUUUUCGUGACAUGUUCACGGCAAUUUAUAUCUUGAACAAACGGCUUACACCCAUACAGAAGCUUUAUUAUCUGAAUCAAAAAACGCAGGGUGAAGCCAAAGAAAUUGUCAAGAAAUGCGACUUAACGAAUGAAGGCUUUAACACAGCCUGGAAGAAUCUUUGCGAUAGAUACGAAAAUAAGAGGAUCCUAGUUAACACUCAGUUGAAGAUUCUCUUCAACUUGAAUACAGUUGAGAGCGAAUGUGGAAGCUCAGUAAAGAGAUUACAAAGGGAUAUAAAUAAUUGUAUAUCAUCCCUAGAGAGUCACCAGAUUGACAUUUCAAACUGGGACCCUAUUAUUACGUAUCUGUGUUCUACUAAACUACCUGAGGAAACCCUUUCGCUGUGGGAACAAUCGGUAGANUAA